AUGGGCUUUGAGGAUAGGAAGGAACUGGAAAGAGUGAAGGAAAGAUUGAAAAAAGACGGGAAAAACCUGAAUGUGCAAGAGGUAAAAAACAAAGACCCAUUAGUAAUUAUUAAGGACCUCCUAAACUGCCACUCGAACGAAGAGAUCCUCGGUGCGAUCAGGGCGCAGAACAAAAACCUCCUGGGCCAGAUACCGAAGGAAGCCGACCGAAUGGACGUCAGAUAUAGACGUAAGGCUAGGAACCCGUUGAUGACGCACGUGAUCCUGCAGGUGUCGCCACAGCUCUGGAGGAUAUUUACGGAGGCUGGCGCGUUGCACGUGGACAUCCAGAGAGUCAAGGUUGAGGACCAUUCUCCCCUAGUCCAGUGCUCAAAAUGCUUGGGCUACGGACAUGGGAGACGGUUCUGCCGAGACUCUCUGGAUGCAUGCAGUCACUGUGGCGGACCGCACCUGAGGGCGGAGUGCCCGGAAUGGAUGGCGGCUGCAGCACCGACGUGCUGCAACUGCCAAAAAGCGAAGAUCGCUGAUUCCGGGCACAACGCCUUCAGCCAGGACUGCCCGGUACGCAAAAGGUGGGACGCGCUAGCCAGAUCCGCCAUAGCGUACUGCUAA